AUGUUUUCAUGCUGUGUUUAUGAUAUGUGCAGCAAUCGUGAUAACAUCACCACCCUGUGCCAGGCUAUACAGGCAUAUGCACUUGCAUGCCAGGCCUUGGGAGUCACUAUACGACCCUGGAGAUCACGCUCGUUCUGUGCAUUGACAUGCCCUGAGAACAGCCACUACCAAGUCUGCACGAGUGCAUGUCCUGCCUCCUGCUCCGACCUGACGUCUCACCUCUACUGUACACAUCCAUGCACUGAGGGCUGCCAGUGUGACCAGGGCUAUGUGCUGAGUGGUAGCCACUGUGUCCGUCGCUCUGAGUGUGGAUGUGAGCGUGAUGGCCUGUACUAUGCCCUAAAUGAGACCUUCUGGGCAGGGGAAGGAGGUGAGGUGGGUGAAGAAUGCUCCCAGCGCUGUGUGUGUGGCCCGGCAGGUGAAGUAACAUGCUUCAAUGACUCUUGUGGUGAAGGCGAGGUGUGUGUAGCAGAAGUUGGGUUGUUGGGAUGUUACCCUCGUCGCGAAGCAGCCUGUUUGCUGUCUCAGACUCAGAUACUGGCUACGUUUGAUGGGUCCACAAUGCCGUUCCCCGAUGAAAGCUCAUUCUACUUGGUGAAGACUUUGGGACGCUUGCCUGCAAAUGUUACAUCAGUGGAGGUGAAGAUUGGCAGGAAGCUGGUGAAUAAGGGCCCUACAUGGCUACGGCCAGUGGUCGUUAGGGUGGGACAUUUGGAAGCACAGAUAGGUGGCUCAGAUUUUGACUUGAUAAAGGUCAACGGUGAACCAGCAUUUCUUCCUUAUGUCCAUCCAGUGGAGCCUUUAAUAAUAUACCGGUCCUCUGGUAAUAUCACGGUGAUUGAGUGGAGUGGUUUAGUCCGCACUCGAUACUCACGUCAGGGCCUGCUAAACAUCACUCUCUCCACUCUCUUUUACAACACCACCUGUGGUCUUUGUGGUUUCUUCAAUGGAGAUCCAAUUGAUGACCUCCGUCUACCUAGCGGAAGGCAGGCCGAUACACCCGAACAGUUUAUCGAAGGCUGGAAAGCCAUUGCGGAUGAUCUGACAUGCAAUGGCGAUUGUGAGGACUUGUAUCGUAUGUGUACAGAUUUAAGGCUGUACCAGAGCCCAUGGCUGUGUGGAAACAUCAAUGACCUAGGAAACGGCUCGUUCCUGGCUUGCCACACAGCUGUUAAUCCCUCUCCUUUCUUCAGGAACUGCCUCUACAACAUGUGUGUGCGGGAAGGAAACCGUUCUGCCCUGUGUAACUCCCUCCAGGCAUAUGCUUCAGCUUGCCAGGAUGCUCAGAUCAUCUUGGGAGCCUGGAGGAGUGCUACCAACUGCCCUCUACCCUGUCCAGAAAACAGUCAUUUCGAUGAGUGUACAUCUGCAUGCCCUCUCACUUGCUCUAACCUGGAUGAUCCUGAGGAGCCAUGCCCUCUACCCUGCUCCGAGGGCUGCCAGUGUGAAGAGGGAUUUGCCCUCCGUGAUGGCAUCUGUGUGGCACGUAGCGAUUGUGGCUGCUUCUACCUGGGCCGGCAGCUAGCCACCAAUGAGACAUUCUGGACAGACUGGGAGUGCCAGGAGCGCUGCUACUGCAACGGCACAGACAACAGUGUCUAUUGCACCUUCUCACCCUGUCACCCAGAGGAGUACUGCCAGGAGAAUGAAGGCCUGUUUUUCUGUCAGCCAAGGACAGAGGCCAUGUGUGUUGUUGCUGGUUAUGGACACUUUUUGCCAUUUGGAGGUGUACCAUUUGACCUCCAGAGCAGCUGUACUCUCCGUCUAGCCACUACUGAGUGUGGAGAGGGGGACGAGGAUGGCUUUGGGGGACUAGAGAGUGCAGAGACAGUACUGGGAGGACUGCCCAGGUUCCAGUUUUCAGCUCGGAAUGAAGAACGAGACACAGGCCAGGCUAUAUGGGUGCGGGGAUUUGUUCUGGAGGUCUAUGGAUAUGAAAUUGAGGUGUCACAAAGUUUCAAACACACAGUCAUGGUGAAUAAAGAGCGCCUGUAUCUGCCUAUAAAACUUGGUCCAGGGAAAGUUAACAUCUACACCCUUGGCCUGCAGUUACUUGUGGAGACAGACUUUGGUCUGAAGGUGGCUUUUGACUGGAAUACUCUACUGCUUCUGACUCUUCCUCGCAGUCUCUUUAACGCCACCUGUGGGCUCUGCCAAGGAAUGCCUAUUACUGGUCCCACUCUAAGUGUCACAGAAUGGGGCAUGGCAUGGGCAGAACGUGACACCUUCUGCCAAGUUGGUUGCGGGGACUCUUGCCCUCGCUGUGGAUUGGCUGAGAGGGGCCUAGCUGCUGAGGUCCCCGCCCAAGUAACAGAUGCUGUUGGUAACAUUGACAUGGAUGAGGGUAACCCAGGAAACCGUUUCCACCUUGCUGAAGGGUUGUAUGUGUAUGUCGAACCUGAGGCGGUGAGAUUAUGUGGACUUAUAAUAGACCGUGGAGGUGUGUUUGCACGCUGUCACAGCAAAGUGGCACCAGCAUACUUCUACCAGAGCUGUCUGCAGGAUACAUGUGUGGAUCAGGGUGCGAGAGAGACCAUCUGUAAUUGGCUACAGAUUUAUGCCAAUACCUGUCAGACACAAGGAGUGUCCGUCAUUGGCUGGAGAAGUUCCACACCCUGUGUUCUGUCGUGCCCUGUGAACAGCCACUAUUCCAGCUGUAUGAUGGUGUGCCAGCCGCAAUGUGCCCCUGCACGUGGACAGAGAGACUGUAACCAGUACUGUGUUGAGGGGUGCCAGUGUGACCUAGGCUUUGUGGUCAACGGCAAGAGUUGUAUCCUCAGUCAGAACUGUGGAUGCUACACGGAUGGUAAAUACUAUGAGCCUAAGCAGUUGUUCUGGAACAGUGACUGCACUAAACGCUGUCAGUGUAUUGGACGGAAUCUGAUUCAGUGUGACCCAAGGCGAUGCAAAGCAGAGGAGGAAUGUGUUCUACGUCAUGGUGUGCGAGGAUGCUUUGCCCGACGUAAUCAGCACUGUGUAGCAUCGGGUGGCGGCGUCUUCCGUACUUUUGAUGGUGCCUCUCUUCGUUUACCUGCCUCAUGCUCCUUUGUUCUUUCAACGAUCUGUCACAAGCUGCCUGAGUUAUCUUUUCAACUCAUUGCCAAUUUUGACAAGUGGAGUACACCCAACCUAACCACCAUCUCCCAUGCUUACCUCUACAUCAACGAGGAGAACAUUCUCAUCUCCGGAAACACAGUCAAGGUAAAUGGUACGCCCGUGUCCGUACCUUUUGUCACAGGUCUAAUGACACGAGUAUCCACAUCAGAGGGAUUCCUGGUGAUCGACACUCCCCAGGACAUCCAGGUGCGUUAUAACAGAUUCAACAUCCUCAGCAUUACAAUGGGCCCUCGGCUGCAGAACAAGGUGUGCGGACUGUGUGGGAACUUCAAUGGGGACCCCACUGAUGAUUAUAUCACCUCUCGUGGAAAACCUGCCGUCAGUGCACUGGAGCUCGCUCAGAGUUGGAAAACCAAUGGCAUGCAGAACAGUUGUGAUGAGACGCAGUAUGUGGCCCUGGCUCAAUCCUGUGAUAAUACAGCAGUAUCAGAGCUCCAGGGAGAAGAAAACUGUCUGAAGCUCACAGAUUUUAAAGGUUUCUUCCAGCCCUGCCACGGCCUACUGGACCCUCACCCCUUCUACCAGUCCUGCUACAUGGACGGUUGCUACAACCACCGUAAGGCCCAGGUGUGCGGCUCGAUGGCAGCCUACGCUGAGGCCUGCCGCUCUUUCGGCACACUUACCACCAAGUGGAUCGCCCAGGAGAACUGCUCAGAAUGGAUCUAUGACCCCUGUGCAGGAGAGAUCUGCUCUAACAACACGUGUGAGCAGGAGAAUGGAGGAGAUUUGUGUGGCUGCCCUGAGCUACCCAGCACUGACAUUAGUGAGGAUGACAUCAUCCAGGCAGAGGUGACCUGUAAACACGCUCAGAUGGAGGUUUCUAUCUCUAAGUGCCGUUUGUUCCAGUUGGGCUUUGAGAGAGAGGAUGUACGAAUUAACGACCAGCACUGUGCUGGUAUCGAGGGAGAGGAUUUCAUCUCGUUCCAUAUAAACAAUACCAAGGGACAUUGUGGCUCUAUUGUACAGUCGAAUGGAACACACAUUAUGUACAAGAACACGGUGUGGAUCGAGAGUGUGAACAACACAGGGAAUGUAGUGACACGUGAUAAGACCAUCAAUGUGGAGUUUUCUUGUGCUUAUGAACUGGACAUCAAGAUCUCCCUGGAGACGGUAUUGAAGCCAAUGCUCAGUGUAAUAAACCUCACUCUACCGACCCAAGAGGGCAACUUCAUCACAAAAAUGGCCCUUUACAAGAACGCCUCAUACCGACAUCCAUACCGUGAGGGAGAAGUGGUGCUGAGCACCAGGGACAUUCUGUUUGUGGGGGUGUUUGUGGAAGGAGCAGAUGAUAAACAGCUUAUUCUCAUUGUGAACAUGUGCUGGGCUACACCAUCUCGUUACAGCAGCGAUCGCCUUCGUUACAUUAUCAUAGAGAGAGGGUGUCCUAACAUCAAGGAUAAUACUAUAGGCAUGGCUGAGAAUGGCGUGUCCCUCACCUGCCGCUUCCACGUCACUGUCUUUAAGUUCAUUGGUGAUUAUGAUGAGGUGCAUUUGCAUUGUGACGUCUCUCUUUGUGACUCAGAGACCAACACCUGCAAAGUGAAUUGCCCUCAUAACAAACGAAGUUAUACAGAUUACAGUCAGCAUAAAGAACAGAUCCUAUCAGUGGGACCAAUCAGAAAAAGAGAUUCAGACUGGUGUGAAGAGGAUAAUGGUGGCUGUGAGCAGAUCUGCACAAGUCAAGUAACAGGCGGGUGUAUAAUUGGGUGUUUUGUGUAUGUGCGUAUUAGCAAGGUGAUUAAUAGCAAGCUAUAA